GGCACGGCUGUGUUACUGGCAUUGCUGGUGUCCAUGGCCGACGGGGCCCACUCAACAUUAAGUGGCCCGUCCGCUCGUCAGCCUUGGAAGGAAAGAAAAAAAUACAUAAAACUUCAGUUUUAUAGUGCUCUUAACGGAGUUGGAAUUGGAAUCACUUAUUAAUUCAGAUUUCGAUGUGUGUAAAACUUCUGCCGAUCUAAAACUACAGGCGUUAUUAAAAGUUCGAUAAAGAUUAUCCUUUGUUUCGCCGUACGUGAUGUCGUGGUGUGUCAUUGGCUGUUUAAUGGCCUCAGUAAAUGACUAUAAAUAUUUUAAUUAACUCAGCUAAGUCAAUGACCCUCAGUUUAUUAAAGUUCAAAGAGAUCAAUGGUCAGUAGCAAGCUACAUUAUCCCGAGUCGUCGUGCAAAACAAAGGCCGAAAGGAAGUUAUCUAUUGCUGUCCUAGUACAUUAUGGACGGUAAUUACGUGGUACCCAGUCGCACAACAACGUACUGAGACAACGAUAUUGUACUCGAAAGUUGACUGUCCAAAGUUCAUUGACGUUCAAGAAAAUUGUCAAUAACAAAAUUAAAAUGAACUUGCCCUGUUUGCUCGGCCUGCGGAUCUGCGCAAGGUACCUAUUCAUUCAUAAAACAUGCGCACAACGCUGCAUUGCUACAAAAUCAACUUCAGUCCGUAGCUCAGAAUAUCGCGUAAAGAUUAACUAUUUUCAGCAAUAAGCUUAAGUAUAUGCGGUUAAUGUACCAUUGACGUUAGUUUCUAAUUUGCCUGUGAUCUUUGCGAAAAUGAAGAGGUGAUCAACAACAGUUUUUGCUUCUGUCUUUGAAGAAUAGAAUUCAGUUUGAUUAGCAAAAAGAACCAUCAUGGAUAACGAACAGCCGCAUCAGGAGCUAGUCAAAUGUGUAGUGGUGGGGGAUACAGCAGUGGGCAAGACUCGACUGAUCUGCGCUCGAGCUUGCAACAAACAUGUUUCACUGUCCCAACUGAUGACAACACAUGUUCCAACUGUUUGGGCCAUAGAUCAAUAUAGGAUUUACAAAGAUGUGUUAGAGAGAUCUUGGGAAGUUGUAGACGGUGUCAAUGUAUCAUUGCGCCUGUGGGAUACAUUUGGUGAUCAUGAAAAGGACAGGCGAUUUGCAUAUGGACGUUCUGAUGUGGUACUACUCUGUUUCUCCAUAACCAACCCAAUAUCAUUGAGAAACUGUGGUGCUAUGUGGUAUCCAGAAAUAAGACGAUUUUGCCCAAAUACACCAAUACUUCUUGUUGGCUGCAAAAAUGAUCUGCGGUACAUGUACAGAGAUGAAACUUAUUUGAAUUAUUGCAAAGACCGCAGCCCCUUUAUUCGUGCUCCACGUAAGAGUGAUCUAGUAAUGCCAGACCAGGGCCGUGCCUUAGCUCACGAGUUCGGCAUAUACUACUAUGAGACAUCGGUUUUCACGUACUAUGGUGUCAACGAAGUAUUCGAGAACGCUAUAAGGGCAGCUUUGAUCGCUCGCCGCCAGCAGAGAUUCUGGAUGACCAACCUGAAGAGAGUGCAAAGGCCUUUACUACAGGCUCCAUUUAGGCCUCCCCGCCCCAUGGAACCGGAAGUGUCGAUAGUCAGCAGUGUCUACUUGGAAAACAUGACUACACUUCUUCGUCAGCAGUAUUUCUCGGAUAUGGUGAUAAUAUGCGGCGCCAAGGGAUUCCCGGUGCAUAGGUUUAUGCUAGCGGCUGCCUGCGAAGCUUUCCACCGCCUGUUGACGACAGAUUGUGCCAGUCUUUCUGCAGAACUGGCAAGGAGCUCCAGCGAGAGCAGCAUGGUGAGCAGCAUGGGUGAAGCGACUACGGGUGAUUUUAACGAAGACACUGAAUACCUCAUUCGGCAAGAUCAGGCUAAGCAAAUGAGGGUUUGGGACCAGAUAAAGCGCCGAUCCUCAUGUCAGAUUUUGCCAUUGAGUGACAGCUGCAAGAAGCCGCCAGAUCUGUACAGGGAGGUCAACCACCCUGCCAUCAACUCCAUCAGAGUCGUCAAGUGCGAUAAGAUCCAACACGCGACCUCUCAGACUCAAACCAUAGUGACAAUGAGCAAGUUGAUCUCCCAAACUGUGAUGCAAGAAAUCAUCAAUUUCAUUUACACCGGCCAAUUGGACACAACCAAUCUCAAACAGCAGGAGAUCCGUCAAGCAGCGGAGCUGCUCGGCUUCCACGAGCUGACGAAGCUCAGCCAGUUUGUGAUGGACCAGCAUCUAUUGCAAGAGAAGGGGUACUCGCUGCAGUUCCAUUCGCCGAUACCCCAGAGACUCAGAGACAUGUAUGUGGAAAGGAAUCUAUUCGCCGACGUGACCUUUGACCUCGACGAUGGGAUACACCUGGCACAUCGCGCCGUACUGAUGGCCCGAUGCGACCCCAUGAAGGCCAUGUUCCAAGGACACUUCCGAGAGAGCACGUCGAGAGUGAUAUCAUUCCCGGGCGUGAAAAUGUACGCGUUCCACAUUCUCCUUUGCUACAUUUACUCGGACAAGAUACCCAAAGUGGAUCCGAUCAGAUGCGUCGAACUGCUGGAGCUGGCCAACAGGCUGUGCAUGACGCGCCUCGUCAACCUCGUGGAGGCCAGGGUCAUUGACCUGCUGCAGCUGCAAGACAGGGUGUGCGGCGAAGAUGACCAAGUGGUGGAAAUAGCGCUGUCACUGUUGGAACCUGUAAAGCUACAUAACGCCCACCACUUGUCGGCGUGGUGCACGUGGCGGCUGUGCUCCGCUUACGACCGCGUUUGUCGCGCGAGACACCUCAGCGUCGCGUCGCGCGACUAUCUUGCUGACAAUCGGUGGCCGCCUGUCUGGUACGUCAAAGAGUAUGAUUACUACCAGAAAUGCGUCAACGAGCAGAGCAAAGAGCAGAAGGAGCUCCGUCCGACCACCUCCAUACAGGCGACGCAGCAGACCGGAUGUCUAUGCUUCUCUAGUAGGGUGCGGCGCGGGAGCGGGCCGGGCGCAGACGUGACAACCUCGUUGUGUCGCGGCGAGGUGCCGCACCCGCCGCCCCCAGCUCCACCUCCGGCGCCGCUCUGACACCUGCCCUACUGGAGGUCCCUCCGAUUCGCGGUGCUCCUGCCAGUGUCAAUGUUAUUCGUGAGCACUAUACUGACCAUUAUUGUACUUUUCCACAUCUACGUAUAAUAUGCGACUUAUUCAUAUAGAUCACUGCACGAUUCUGGACUCUAAUGACUGCAAACAUACACCGAUCGUUAGGUUGAUAUUGCAUUGACAAUAUACUUAGUUUAUUUGGUAUUUUUGUAUUACUUCUUUCUUGAAGCGUAAGCAGUAGGGAUUUUAACUGUGGGUUUUUAUUGCAAAUGAAAUUUCUACUAUAUAAGAAAAAAUAAAAUUAAAAAAAUAACACAUGUAAACUAUAAAUUAUUAUGUUACCUUUACAAGUAAUUUUUAAUUGAAAAUUAGAGAGAGAUAGAAAUAACAGUAACGAUGAGAAAUCGUACACAUGUAACUUGAUUCAUAGUUUCAUCGACUAAAAACGACAGACCACAAACCGAUUUCAGACUAUACAAAAAUGUACCACAUUGCCAAUGCAAUAUCGCCAUUAAUACCUAAUUAAAGUUUAGUAUAAGACCUGUUCCUUGUUUUUUCAAGUUCCAACCGUUUAAUUAAAUCAGUAUCAAAUUUAUAGCGUUUCACGCCUUUAUUUUGCUUUGAACGCGCUAAAAAACGCAAUAGCAAUUUUAAACUUAUUACAAAGUGGAUAAAAGUCGAUUUUGGACAGUUCGGAUUGGUAUAUGUGCCUCUAUUUUAAUUGUAACAGGCGUGUGUGAACGUUGAUAAUGUAAUGUUAUUGGAAAAUGCUCUCUAAGGUAAGGCACAGAGGUAGGUUUUAGCUUGGUGCUUGACGUUAGUGUUGUAAUGUAAGUAGGGAUACAGUUCGGUUUAGUUUUAAAGUUAAGCGAUGUCGUUUAUUGUAAGUGAUAUCGUUAUAUAAAAGUCGAUUAUGAGCAUUGUUUCUGUCAUAAUAUUUUGUGUUUAACAUUACAGUUUUUUUUAAUAUAUUUUAUCAUUGUCAUCUUAGAUUUAAUGAAAACUUUAUUAAUUUUUAUACUUUAUUAAUUAGAAUUAUUUUAAUGGCAACAAUUAAUAAAUAAAGCUGGGCUGCAUUCCAGACCUAGCGCUUUAAGUGCAACUUUUCACCAUGACGUUUCAAUUUUGACAUAAAAUGUAUGAAACUAAUGUCAAAAAUGGCAUUUGUUAUAAUUGGAGCUUAGGUUUGGAACGCAGCCCUGUAUAUCUUAUGCGGUCUGGUAAUAGGAAUAUUAUGUAUUGCCUGUUUAUUAGUAUAAGUGUUUUUUCGUUUAUCAGUAUUAUUUUUGAGGUAUUUAAUUUUAUAAACAGAUAAAUAUUUGAAUAUGCACUAGUUUCCUAUCAUGUUAUUUAAUAGCUUGAACUACUUGGAAAUCUGUCUUUGUUAAAGCCGAUUCAUUUUAAACGUUUAAUAAUUUUCAACAAUAAUGUAGUAUAGUUCUUACUUACUUUUCGUCUAGUUUGAUACAAUCUAUUUAUUUUUAAGAAUAAAAUUAUAAUCUUUAACUAUUAUACGUAAUCUGUUUAUUGGUCUGAUUUGCCAUAAUUAUGUAAAUCUAUUUUUAUUCUCAAAUAAAACUUUUAUUUAGUAUUAUAAUCAGUAACAAAUAUAUUUUUUAUGCAAUUACCAAAUAUCAGAAAAGCAUAAGAUUUAUGCUAGAGUUUAUAAUUGAUAUGUAGCACCUAGUAUUUUUUUUUAUUUUCCUAUUUUUUAUAAUAAUAUUAUAUUAAGAUUUUGUAUUGUUAUUAUUAUUUACUUUCUAGUCAACGCAGUAUUACAUACAAUAUUGAUUAUACACCGCUUAUUUAUAUUAUUCGUGAUUUGUAUAAAUUAAUGGUCGAAUCACCUACUUGAAACUAAGUUAAAUUGACUAAGGGAGGUCCAUCCAAAAAUAUAUAAUUCGACCUAGGUAAGAAGUUUUAAGAUAUUGGAUAUGCCUACUUUUAAUGGUUCAUACUCACAUAGGGUAUUUAUUCGACAGUUGUCCCACGAAUGAUCCUUCUUGCUGUGAGUUCUCGGGUCCACACAGGGCCCAACCUAGAAAAUUUGCCGCUCCGAUCAAAGAUUUUUGCUGCCCUUUAGUGACGUACUUUACGGCUGACCCUGAAGUCAAUUUUGCCGCUCUGGGCAAAUGCCCGACUCGCCUCCCGUUGGAUCGGGCCCUGGGUCGCGUCCACUUUGAUUUUUAAUCGCUUUAGAGUAAAACUAUUGAAUAAAUACCAUAUGGGCGUAUGGACCAUAAGGUUUUCGCUCUCUGUAAAUAUAAAUGGUACGUUAAAUUCAAUAGACUCGGCUCCACACUUUGGUACUAAUAUUGGCCCUAAUGCUGCUUGUCCAACGUUUUGAUCUAGAACUUAGCAUUGGGCUCAACCUUGAGUUGACACUGGAUGAGAAGUAUUGAGGCCAAUAUUGGAACCAACUUGUGGAGCCAGAGUAAAGACAAAAUGGAAUUGAAUGCAAACCGUCAUUAUUGUAGAUUGUCGCGUGUGAAUGAUUUGAUUGAUGCAUUAGAGGAAGCAUAUGAAAUGCGCAGAUACAAAUCUAAUUAUUGCUUCGAAAUUGUAGUCUGUGAUAGGUUUACAUUGUCAACUGUGAUUAAUAUGGUGAAACCAAGAUAAUGGUUCCAAAGAUGAUUUACGGCCAGUAUCGUUAAUCACUCUCCAGUACCUAAAAGCUAAGAUUAUUCUGAUUACGUUCUUAGAAAGAGUUGUUAUUGUGAACUUGUAAUCAAAUCUAUGAAGGCAGUUAAGCUCUUUAAGGCUUUUUUCUUAAUGGAAAUUGAUUAGUGAAACUGGCCGAUACGUGUACAGUCAGCAACACAAUCCUGUGUAAUCGUUAUGUAUUUUUUUUUUAUAUAAUUAUAAUUGCCCUUAAUUUUCCUUUAGGUCUAGGACCAAUGCCAGGGGGCCAUUCGGCUAACGGAAAUGCUUUGGGAAACGCUAACGCUUUCGAUUUUAUUUUGUUAUUUCUGACCGCCAAAGGUUAUCAAAUACCUCACGCUCAUUUUUUUUAAAUUAUUAUUACCAAUGCAAAAGAAAAAAAAAGAGCCCGAGGCAAUUGAAAACCUCAGGCGGCUAGGAAUAACAAAAUGAAAUCGUAAGCGUUAGUUUUCCAAAGCAUUUCCGUUAGGCGAAUGGCCCUCAGAUUAAGCAAAUAUUCUGUUACCUGUUAGCAAUAUACCGAGUGCAUCCAUCUUUGUGCCAUUCAGUCUUAAACUAUAUUAUGAUAUGCAAAUAAAAUAAACUGGCCAAGCGCGAGUCUGGCCUCGAUUUAUUGGGGUUCCAUACACUUAGUGCGUGCGCGGCCAGACCCGCCUUUCCCAGUGGGCACUUUGGGCUAGUGCCCAGGGCCCCGCGAUCGAAAGGAGCCCACUUCAGAUCAAAUACAAAGUCCCUAGUUCCUGUUAGAUCGCCAAACGGGGUUCAUAGGGGCCCCAUUAUCCUAAUGUGCCCAGCCCCUCUAGCAUGACCACCGAAACGGGAUAUGUUAUAGCUUUUUAUCGAGUUUCAACUGUCAAACUCCACUGUAGUCUGACAGUUAAUGCCGAUGUAUCGCUUUAUCGUAUCCCGUUUCGGUGGUCAUGCUAGAGGGGCAGGGCCUCCAAUAGGUCAAAGACGUCACUGUGCGCGGCCUUUUGGGAACGCGAGCUGCGACCAUAUCCGCCCUCUCGGCGCGCACUAGAGGACCGCGGUCCUCAUAGUGCGUGUCUGGUGAAGGUGCAGGAGUUUUGUCUGGUUUUUUAGUAGCCCUGUUCAGGACGUUAGGUAGGGCCCUGUUUAUUUCAUCCGGCCACAGGACUGGCUGAAAUGAACAGUGAGGAGGCCCCAUACCUUCUUCUCGCUCUCCCAGUGGUUGAAAGAUACGUAAGGCAUUUCCCAGACACAAAAAAAGGGUUUCAUACACUGAACUAAUUCGUUUAUUGAAUCACAAGCUUUUACAGCUACCUAAUGUCACUGACUUAUGAAACAGUUUGUUUCCGAGCUAUUUCUUAAGUCAGUAACAGCUAUGAGUAUUUUGCAUAAUAGGUAGUUAGAUAUUUAUCUAUUACCGAGUGAAAAAUAAAGGUAAUGUGGUACCUAACAAUAAGGGCCUGCGCAGACGAGGGACUUUUUUUUAUCCACGGAUUUUUUUUAAUCGUCAAAAUAGAUUGCUUAUAGUACAUCGAGUAACGCACGAGGGAUAACCGCCCCCCACAACAACGGCUAACUAGAGCCAUGGUCCGAGUCUCAGAGACUCCCUCUAUUUGAGCCGACUCCCUCAGGUUCGAGUGGUCUAGAGGCUCCAGACGAAGAGGAGACUCCCAUGGGCAGAUGCCACUCGCCUGGAAUACCUCUAGAGGCACUCGCCAAUUCUCGGCUUGAGGUCCCCUUAGGAUCUCGCCGUCCCCAAUUCGUCUCUAGAGGUAUUCCAGGCGGAUGGCGUCUCCCCACGGGGGUGUCUCCUCUCCGUCUGUAGCCUCUAUACCACUCGAAGCUGAGGGGGUCGGCUCAACUAGAGGGCGUCUCUGAGACUCGGUCCUCGGCUCUAGUUAGCCGUUGUCGUGGGGGGCGGGGAAAAACGCCCAGGUACCUGGUAAAGCGUGUCGUGUGUAGACCGGGUCUUCGCACUCUUACCCUACGGGUGCGGUGUCUGCCUAAUGCUAAGCUAGUGUGCACGUUUGCUAGCUGUGUAGUGUUGAUGUUUGUGGCCUGUGUGGGAGGAAUCGGAGGCGCGUUGGCGCGGGUGAUUUCGUCGUCGGGGUAGUCUAAAACGUACCUAGGCCGAUGGAAUCGGAGGGACCUCUGAGAACACCGAGUGACAGGACUAAACAAAAGUACGAGUGUGUUUACGAAAAAAUUUAACUCAUGUGGCGCUGCGUGCUCGAUCCGAUUUUAAGGGAUAGACUCAGUAUUAACUUUUAAAGUAUUCUCUUGUUCUUAUACUUCAUGUUAAUUACAAUACAACGUAUUCUGUGAAUAUUUACUAUCAUAGCGGGCGCUUCUCUAAACUUUCCGGCAACAAAUGAUCGCGUUGAGUCCGUGCAAAGUCUGCGGCGGGCAUUUUUCACGACUCCGGGACUUUUGCACUCCGCGGACAGUGUCGUCUGCGCAGGCCAUAAGUAUGAAUGUUUUUUGUGAUGGACAAAUGGAAACUAUCUAAAGUUCUUAUUUGAUACAGCUCAAAGGACCAUUAAGAAUUUUUUUAGCAUUGCUGAGUAAAACAGAAAAUUAUAUUCGAUUGUGCGUUUAGUGUUGCUGACUAUAUAAGUACAGUAUUGAUUGCAUGUGUUAUUUAAGGACUGUUGGAAAUUUAGAAUCGGGUACGUAGUUAUAUUUAUGUAUGUUGUGAAAUGUUGUCGAGGUUAAGGCUGUCAAACAGAACUCUUGUUUAUGUUGUUGCGUAUAAUUCAGUAUUUAGUGAUGCUUGUUAAUCCGUAUUAUCUUAUAACAGCAAUAAUAUUAUUACGUAAUCUUUAUUAGUAAGUAAUAUAAUGGCACUUUUUCUGCACGAUUACUUGAAAAUGACAAUCUUAUUUUACUUGUUACUUUAUUAAAUUUCCGUUGGGCUAUUUUGAUUACAUUGGCGCUAUGGUACAGUCAAAUGAAAUUUUUAAAAAGUAUUUCUCAUUAUUGAAUAAGGGUUUUACCAAGUGGGCUGAUUUCGAUUAUUGUUGUAUGAUCAUUGAUCAGUACUUUAAGAGUAGUUGGACCAUAAAGCAACACUGCCGCAGCGGCCAGGAGUGGAGUAGACAUACACAGCUUUCUCCUCUGUCGCAUGCAUUGGGCAUACAAGGAUGGCAAUAGAAACAGGAUUUGGAGGUGUACUGCGUAAUGUGUAUGUGUGAAUGUCGUAAUUACAGUGUAUUAUUUACGCAUGUACCUAUAUGAAAGUGGAUUUGUAUGUAUUUUCCCCUUUCAAAAAGGACAAUUUGAGUGACUAUUAUGUCUACUCACUUCCAUGUUGCUCUAUGAGUUGGAUACAAAGUUAUGAGAUUAAUAGGUAAGCUCAUCUGGAUACCGCUCACACCUAGGAAUAAGUAUGGUGAAGUUAUACAUGCCUUCUAUAAACUUUCAUAUUACUGCAGUGGUAAAAUCCUAAGUCGUGUUAAGUCUUUUGAAGUUAACUGUAAGUAAUAAAGGCAAAAGCAUGCGAUUCCACUUUUAAAUUUAAGUCUAACAGCAUUUCAGCUGUGGUUCUAUGCAAAUGCCAUUAAAAUUUAUUGAUUAGUAUUUCUCAAAUAUCUCUUGGUGAGUACCUACUCUAAAACCCUUGUAUGGCAUGACAGAAUCAUGGAUUUAUCUUUAGAUUAGAACUGUUAAUAAGAACUUGAAGUACAAAAUAUUAUCAUGUCUUCAUUGAAAUAAACAAAUAGUUCAAAUCGACCCAACCAUCAUUCGUGCUGUAAUCUUCGCGACAUUUAAUCAAAGAAUCUGUAUUUUCCUAUUUGUAUUUUUUAAUUGGAUAUUUUUAAUAUUAUGAUGAUCUCACUCAUCUGAGCACUCAUUCAAAAGCAGGGUUGAAUCUCUAAAAUAUAAUUAAUAACAUUGCUUCAAUUACUAGUUCUUACGGUAGGAUAAGAUUUCAGUAUACUUUACUUAGUAUCUACACACUAUUUUGUUAAAAUUGCUAGUUUCUCUGAAAGAAUGCAAGUUGCUUUUCUGCUAAUAGGUAUAUUGAGACAGCUGUUUUAUGUAUAGAUACACGCGCAGGCAUGCCGAAAUUAUUUCCAAUGCACCAGACCGACAUACAAAUAUUACCUUUUUAAGUCCAUUAUCUUAACCAUCUGCGAAAGAAGAAUUUUUGUUCAAUUAUUCCUAACUGAUCAAGAAAAGGAAAAGGAGCUCGAUGGCGCAGGUGGCUAGCGCGUUCGGCUGCGAUCGUUGAAGUUAAGCAACUUUCGCAGUGGUCGGUCAUUGGAUGGGUGACCAAAAAUUUACUAUCUCGAGCUCCUCCGUGCUUCGGAAGGCACGUUAAGCCGUUGGUCCCGGCUGCAUUUGCAGUCGUUAGUACCCACCAAUCCGCACUGGGCCCGCGUGGUGAGUCAUGGCCCAAUCUCCCUAUUCCAUCCAUAGGGAAGGCCUGUGCCCCAGCAGUGGGGACAUUAAUAGGCUGAUGAUGAGGAUGAUGAUGAUCAAGAAAAAAGAAUAUUUUAUCCACUUUCAUAAUUAGUUAACUAAAUGGAAAAAAAGCUGGCGGUGUCAUUGCUUGUUUUUAAUAUCCUCUGCUAAUCAGGCGAAAUUCCUAUAUAGCCUGGUACCCCAUGCAUGAUGGCAAAUUGUACUUUUUGUAAUAAAAAAUCUAUAAUACAAAAAUUUACUAGUAAACUAAACACCACCACAAAUCAAAAUCCACAUUAAAAGAGAGUCAAAAGUUAACCAUUCUUUGCAAUCUUUCAGAGACCGCUACCGUUUCUUGCACUUAGUCUUUAGUAAUUUGAUCUAUACAAGUAGUCUGAAAGUAGUAAACUUACUGAAAUCUAUUCCGUUAAGCAAUUCUUGCAGCUGAAUACUUUAAUGUACCAAAAUGUAUUAUUUCAAAUGAAAUAAUGAAUUCCUUAAUACCUGUUAGAUAAAUUAAGGAGCUGGCGAACAAAAGAAUAUAAUUAUGCAUCUGGUCAAACUACUUUUUUUACAGUCCGGAGGUUUCGGGCCCAUUGAAUUUGAAUCUUAAUAAUUUUCAAUCAAAACCGCCUAAGACAGUGAUAAAAUUACCAAAUUUAUAAAUUUAAAACCAUGCCAAGAGCUCACUGGAGGUAUGUCAUUCAGUUUUAUACAGCUUCGGUAUAAUUUAAUUUUAUGUAAUUAUACUGUUUUGUUCGCUAGCUCCUCAAUUCUUAUAAAAUGAUAAGUUAUGGAUAUAUACCAGCAACUUCAUAUGAAAGAUUCCGAACAAAUAAACUUGUGCGGUAGAUUUUUGUAUGUAAAAUUGCUACUGCGCGAGCUUUUUUGUCUAUGGUUGUUUAUCAAGAAGUUUGCUAGGUGAAUAACAGAAAUUACAAUAUUUAAAAUAAAACAUGAUAUAUUAAAACAUCACUGUAUCUUUAUUUUCAAUUUGAAGUUUAAAAAUGAUUUUAUUUAAAUUUGAUUAAAGAGUCUCUUUUUAGAAAUGAAGAUAUUACAUUAAGUAUUUGGCUGUUUGACUUUUAGCUUAGGCAUUCUAGUGAUCUUAGUGCAUAAUUGAAAGUAAAUUGUAAUUUGCCAAUCUUCACAGUCAGCAAAUGACAAUCUGCCAUUUUUUACGUACCCAUAGAUUUUAAUAAAUGUAUUAAAUGUAUGUGUCACAGCAAAAUUGUUUUAUUCAAAAACCUGGAGUUAUCUUUUACUACACUUCCAGACACAUCAAAGGUAUGCAGCUAUAAUAUGUUAGGUUGAGGAUAUUUUUAAAAACCCUCAAAAAUGGUUAAUUAAGCAGGCUAUUGACAUCCCUGCCACAGGGACAAUCUAGGGUGUAAGAGUGGAAAUGCCUCCUAAAUUGUGUUGUGUAGACAAGCAGGGGCAAAUUUCCAAAUUGGCCCUGCGGCAGGGCGGCAGGGGCGUGAGACCCCCCUUGGUUCCUAGAUUGUCCCUGUCACCCUGCACGUUGCCGCAUGUGUAGCGCGAUCGGGGCAAUUUCUCAAUCGGUUGGUCAGAUGGUGGCAGAUCAUAAUGAGCAUGAAGUUUAGUCUCGAGUGAUAGAAGUACAUAAAGACCAGCCUCACAUGUGGGAUAAUAAAACAAACAUUAUUCAUUUACAAUACUUUUCUUUCUGUUGCCAAUUCUUCACCCAGUAUUUCCUUUUUAGUGCUCACACCAAAGAAAUAGCCAAGGCCCUACCUACCGAUCUUUUGUAAAUACUGGGGCCAUAAUCAACCCGUGUGUUUAGCUCAACUUAUACCCGAAUUCAUAUGAAAGAUAGGUACUUAAUAGUUGGCAUGUGUGUAGAUACCAUCCGAUAUUGCCCAGACUGCUGUGCGCCCUAGAUUGACUUUGCAGCAGGAAUAUCAGCAGCCUGCUUUAGGUUGAGGAAUAAUAACAUAUUUAUAAAAACCACAAAAAAGAUGAUUAAUAAAUCAGCUUCAAAACUCCAUUAAAACUUUUUGUUCAAUGUAACAUUUACUUUUAGAGAGACCAGAGACAGUCAAAACUUCAAAUGCUAGAUGGGUUUAUAGAUAUGUCUGGAAGUGCAUUUUAAUACAUCUUGAAAUUAAAUCCUCAAAAUUUCAGUUUACCAUGUAUUUCAAUUGUAAAAUACAAAUAAUGGUCAAUAGUACCUAAUUUAACUUAAAUCUAAACUUAGCACUAAAUAAAAAUUUCAUAAACAGUUCCAUACUAUGACUUUAGAAGUUUGCGAUUUAUUUAUUUAUAUAACCAAAAUCUAAUUCCUGGUCCAGAUUUUGUAACUGUGGCUACAUUUGAGUAAAUGCUACUUAAGCGAUAGUUUUUCACAAAAAUUUCAUACACAAUAAUGCUUUCUUCUGACAAGUUUACGUCAUAGAUGUCACUGCCUUGCUGAUUCGUAUAGUGAAAUUAAUUUAUCUGCUUGUAAAAUUGUUUACAAACAAAAAUAGGCUUGACCAAUGCAAGGUUCGAACUCAAGUCCUCCGAGCUUAGACUAUGGUAGGUUCCCAUCGCACCCAGUGUUCACUUAGCGAUGUUGACGAAAGUUUGGAUCUUAAUCUUCUUCAAUAAUUUUUAAAUUCGGGUAAGCCAUUAUGAGUGAAUCAUUCAAAGCAAUCCAAUUUUUGUCACUAGUAAACUGGAUAGUGUUAUGCAUUAAAAAAAUCAAAUAAUAUUGACUAUAUUGUGUUAUGGAUGAAACUUUCAUAUAAUUCUAACCUAUGGAAAAACAUAAGUUUAACAUAACUUUAUAGCGGAUGUCCUAAUAGCUUUAUUUCACUUUUAACUUCAUCAUACAAGUCUUUAUAAUCUUCAUGUUCUUUGAUGAGAACCAUUAUACAUCCUCGCAUGGUACCCAUCGCAGCACCAAUGUCUUUGCGACUUGGAGUGUAACAGUAUGGUACGUCCUUCUCCUCACAAACUGCUGGCAGGUGGCACAUUAUCUCUAUGGGCGAAAUAUCUCCGGCGAAAAAUACGAUCCUG